AUGCACGUACCAGAACAUAUAUCCGUUACUGGACAACCGUUAAGUAUUGGUGGAUCUUUGGAACCACCGGUAGGGGAUCAGGAACGUGCUAUUGAAUUGAUGAAUGUACCGGAUCGUAUUGUAUUAACUGGUGGAAAUACCUAUAAAGGCUUUGCUUUUCAGCCUACGGAUCUUAUUGAGGAUCAAUCACUACCUUCUAGCGAGGAUGAUUCGGCUCGAUGUGAUAGCUCUAUGGCCGUUGAAGAGAAUCCUAUUCGGGAGCUCAAAAUUAUGCGACGGCAAAUCGGAGGCCUUUCAUCCAGACUUUAUCAACUAGAAGAUGAAGUCCAUAAAUAUCAAUAUAAAGAAAAGCUUUUUCUCUCAACGAUUUUCGGUAUAGCCACCGCAUUUCUUAUUGCUUUAUUCAGAAAAUAA